AUGGAAAACCAAUCCAGUGUCUCUGAGUUUUUCCUACGAGGAAUAUCAGGGUUUCCAGAGCAUCAACAGCUGCUCCAUGGACCUUUCCUGUGUAUGUAUCUUAUAGCCUUGACUGGGAAUGCUCUCAUCAUCCUGGCCAGCUCUGACCCACACCUCCACACUCUUAUGUACUUCUUUUUGGCCAACCUGUCCUUCGCUGACAUGGGUUUAAUAUCCUCUACAGUGACCAAGGUGCUGUUUAAUGUUCAGACUCAGCAGCGUACCAUCUCCUAUACAGGUUGUCUCACUCAGAUGUACUUCUUCUUGAUGUUUGGCGAUCUGGACAGCUUCUUCCUGGCUGUGAUGGCCUAUGACCGCUAUGUGGCCAUUUGCCGCCCUCUCCACUAUUCCACAAUCAUGAGUGCUCGAGUCUGCGCCCUGAUGCUUGCCCUGUGCUGGGUCCUCACCAAUGUAGUUGCCUUGACUCACACUCUCCUCAUGGCUCGACUAUCCUUCUGUGUUGUUGGGGAAAUAGCUCACUUUUUCUGUGACAUUACUCCUGUCCUGAAGCUAUCAUGCUCUGACACUCAUGUCAAUGAGCUAAUGGUCUUUGCCUUAGGAGGCACAGUACUCAUUGUCCCCUUUGUAUGCAUUGUUGUCUCCUAUGUCCACAUUGUAUUUGCUGUUCUGAGGGUUCAAGCCCCUGGUGGGAGAACAAAGGCCUUUUUUAGCUGUGGUUCCCAUCUCUGUGUGGUCUGUGUUUUCUAUGGAACACUGUUCAGUGCCUACUUGUGCCCUCCCUCGGUAGUCUCUGCAGAAAAGGAUAUUGCAGCUGCAGCAAUGUAUACAGUGGUGACUCCCAUGUUGAACCCCUUCAUCUAUAGCCUGAGGAACAAGGACAUGAAAGGAGGAGUAAAGAGGCUUCUCUGUCAUGAAAGAGUUUUCUCUUCUUAA